GGCGGCGGCGGCGGCGGGGGACGAUGCGCGAGUACAAAGUGGUGGUGCUGGGCUCGGGCGGGGUGGGCAAAUCCGCCCUCACCGUGCAGUUUGUGACCGGCACCUUCAUCGAGAAAUACGACCCCACCAUCGAGGACUUCUACCGCAAGGAGAUUGAGGUGGACUCGUCCCCGUCCGUGCUGGAGAUCCUGGACACAGCGGGCACGGAGCAGUUCGCCUCCAUGCGGGACCUGUACAUCAAGAACGGCCAGGGCUUCAUCUUGGUCUACAGCUUGGUCAACCAGCAGAGCUUCCAGGACAUCAAGCCCAUGCGGGACCAGAUCAUCCGAGUCAAGCGAUAUGAGAAGGUACCAGUAAUCUUGGUUGGGAACAAAGUGGACCUGGAAAGUGAGAGAGAAGUAUCUUCAAAUGAGGGAAGAGCCUUGGCUGAAGAAUGGGGUUGUCCCUUUAUGGAGACGUCUGCUAAAAGUAAAACAAUGGUGGAUGAGCUCUUUGCAGAAAUUGUUAGACAAAUGAACUAUGCCGCUCAGCCAGACAAAGAUGAUCCAUGCUGUUCUGCGUGUAACAUACAAUAGCAUUUAAAAGUGGACAUGUCCUGGACACAAUUUACUCAACUUUUGUAGGUGGUAAAAUCCUGUCUGCUUUACUGCCCAAUUUGCAAGGAUGUGUGGAAUGAAUCUACAGUGAAGUUACAUACUUAUUCAGAGCUAAGCAGUGAUUGUCAAUCAGUGUCUCUGAAUAUAUUUGGGUUCAGUAACUGUAUUUUUCACUACUGUCCUCAGUCUCCCUUAUGCACCUGCAACUCGAAGGCAUAGCCAGUUAAUCUACAGGGUGAUCUCAUUUGAAAGAUAUGUUGGCAUUGUCCCAGACAGCAGCAACUAUUACAUAAAUUGGAAAUAUUCUUGAGGGAGAAAUGAGAAGACCUGCAAUGAUCAUUCACAAUUAAAAUAUUUGUUCUGUUUUGGUU